CCAGUGAGAGGCACACAGAAAUCCUGCUGGACCACAUUAUGGAGUGGAGCAGGGAGGUGGUGAUGUGCAACCAGAACGCAAGCUGAGCAGAUUUUCAACAGGUGGUUGUGGUUAAAGAAGAAGCUUCAGAAGAACAGAGUGCUCAUGUCAACCACCAGCACCUAGAUUUUCUCCACAAAAAGGAGGAACAGGAGAAACUCUUGUCUAGUAUGGAGGGAGAGCAUCUCCAUUUGAAUAAGGAGACUGAUGCUGCCAGUUUUCAAUCCUUUAGCCAUAAAACACAUUUAAACAAACACACGAGAGUCCACACAAAGCAGAAACAUUUUGCCUGUGAGCACUCUGGACAAUGGUUUCACCAAAAGACUAAUUUAACCACACACAUAAGAGUCCACACGGGACAGAAGCCUUUUGCUUGUGAGCUCUGUGGAACAAGAUUUAGCCAAAAGACAAAUUUAAACAGACACAUGAAAGUCCACACAGGAGAGAAGCCUUUUGCCUGUGAGCUCUGUGGAAAAAGAUUUAGCCAAAAGACAAAAUUAAACAGUCACAUGAGGGUCCACACAGGAGAGAAGCCUUUUGCCUGUGAACUCUGUGGAAAAAGAUUUAGCCAAAAGACACAAUUAAACAGUCACAUGAGAGUCCACACAGGACAGAAGCCUUUUGCUUGUGAGCUCUGUGGAAUGAGAUUUAGUGAAAAGGGAAGUUUAAACAAACACAUGAGUGUCCACACAGGACAGAAGCCUUUUGCUUGUGAGCUCUGUGGAACGAGAUUUAGCCAAAAGACACAUUUAAACAGUCACAUGAACGUCCAUACAGGAGAGAAGCCUUUUGCUUGUGAGCUCUGUGGAACGAGAUUUAGCCAAAAGACAACUUUAAACAGUCACAUGAGAGUCCACACAGGACAGAAGCCCUUUCCUUGUGAGCUUUGUGGGAAUAGAUUUAGUGAAAAAGGAAGUUUAAACAAACACAUGAGUGUCCACACAGGACAGAAGCCUUUUGCUUGUGAGCUCUGUGGAACGAGAUUUAGCCAAAAGACAAAUUUAAACAGACACAUGAAAGUCCAUACAGGAGAGAAACCUUUUGCCUGUGAGCUCUGUGGAAAAAGAUUUAGCGGAAAGACACAAUUAAACAGUCACAUGACUGUCCACACAGGAGAGAAGCCCUAUCCUUGUGAGCUCUGUGGAACGAGAUUUAGCCAUAAGACAACUUUAAACACACACAUGAAAGUCCACAAAGGACAGAAGCCUUUUGCCUGUGAGCUCUGUGGAAAAAAAUUUAUCCGAAAGACACAAUUAAACAGUCACAUGAGAGUCCACACAGGAGAGAAGCCCUUUCUUUGUGAGCUCUGUGGAACGAGAUUUAGCCAUAAGACAACUUUAAACACACACAUGAAAGUCCACACAGGACAGAAGCCUUUUGCCUGUGAGGUCUGUGGAACGAAAUUUAGCUUAAAGUCAGCUUUAAAUAGACACAUGAAAGUCCACAAAGGACAGAAGCCUUUUGCCUGUGAGCUCUGUGGAAAAACAUUUAUCCGAAAGACACAAUUAAACAGUCACAUGAGAGUCCACACAGGACAGAAGCCUUUAGCUUGUGAGCUCUGUGGAACGAGAUUUAGCCAAAAGACAACUUUAAACAGUCACAUGAGAGUCCACACAGGACAGCAGCCCUUUCCUUGUGAGGUCUGUGGAACGAGAUUUAGCCACAAUGCACAUUUAAAUUGUCACAUGAAAGCCCACACAGGACAGAAGCCUUUCGCCUGUGAGCUCUGUGGUAAGACAGUCAGCUUAAAGUCAACUUUAAAAAGUCACAUGAGAGUUCACGCAGGACAGAAGCCUUUUGCUUGUGAGCUCUGUGGAACGAGAUUUAGCCAAAAGACACAUUUAAACAGACACAUGAAUGUCCACACAGGACAGAAGCCUUUUGCCUGUGAGUUUGGUGGAAAAGAUUUAGCGAAAAGACAAAUUUAAACGGUCACAAAAGAGUCCAUGAAGGACAGAAGCAUUUUACUUCUGAGCUCUGUAGACGAAGAUUUCGCUGAAAGAAAACUUUAAACAAUCAUCUAAGCAUCCACUAGGGCUGAACGAUCUAUUGAAGGGGUCUCCAACCUUUUUUGGCCCGUGAGCUACUUUUACACAAACACAAUGAAAGUACAGCAGAGUUACUGCCAUAUGAUUUAUUUCCAUGAAGGUGCUUAUGUUAAACAUGCUAUACUUACUAUAUUAACAUGCAUUGUACUCACAAGUUGAUUUCUCUGUAUUUCAGUACAUCAGUAUAUAUAUAUAUA